AAUCGUUUGGCAUCCCAUGUUGCCACAUGGUUGCUGUCAUGAAAUCUGAACAAUUAAUGUGUAUUCCACCGAGUUGUGUCUUGAAGAGAUGGACAAGACGUACUAGGUCAGGAUAUCAACAACCAAGUCUUACCCAAAUUUCUAGCACCCUAACACAGACAGCCCGGUUCGGUAUACUAAGCUCAUGUUUUAGUGAAAUGUCAUAUUAUGCCUCACACGCAGACAACGAUUUUGAAGAGGCAAGGGAAAUGGCUUUCCAGAUGACAUUGAAGAUGAAAAAGCGCUGGGCAAUGCGAACAAAAUAUAAUAGCGAGGUUGGGGACAAAAAUAUUGCACCCAAACUAUGUGGCGUUGGUGAUCCUAAUGUAGUGAAGACCAAAGGGAACCCCGGAGGGACAUCUUCUAUGGGUAAACCUCUAAAACCAAGGCGCUGUGGGUAUUGUAGGAGCAUCGGACACACGAAGCGAACGUGUAAAAAAUUGGCUUCAACUAGCCGGAGAGAGGGUAGCGACUCAGACAUUAAAACAAUCUUGAACACAGAGUUGGAGCCCCACAUGGAAGAUAUUGAUGGACCGACAAAUUCUCAAGUGUAGUUUAGUUUUAUGAUGAGCCGUAUAGUGAUUGAUACAUUGUUUUUGCAAGGAGACAUUAGUGCAUAUUAGUUACGUUUUGUUGAUGUCUUAGGUGUUUUUAUCUUUCACAAUAUCCAUAAAUUCUUAGUUUGGAGAAUCAUUUAAAAAAUAAAGGUAAAUAACUCCCAAAUAUGUUUGCUCGAAUAUUGUCCUUAAGUUGGAUGAGCUGUCCUUACCUUGGAUGAGUUUACAAUCAGUUUCAGUUUUGAUAUGGCUAUGUCACCCCAAACGUGUGGGGCUCCCUUCAUAUUUCAGUUUUGAUUUUUUGAAAUUGCCUCGUUUUCUUAUCAAAAUUGACAUUUGUCUACCUUGUUCUACUUGUAAAUUUCUUAGUUUGGGGAUUCAUUUAAAAAAUAAAGGUGAAUAAAUCCCAAAUCAUUUUGUUGAAAUACUUGACGGUAUU